CCUCUACUGCUGUUUCUCAAUGCGCGCAGCGCCUCAACAGGCCGACCCCGGUACUGCACUAGCCGACCGUAAACGGAGAGGGAGGCGUGUGACGCUUCGCUACCAUCGGUGUUUGACCGAAAACAACCUCAGUCUGUGUUGGUGGUCAGAAAAACAGCAGCCGUGCCCCGCCGCGCCCCCACACCCAGCGGAGCCGUCAUGUGGCAGGAGGCCCGCAAACAUGAGCGCAAGCUCCGUGGAAUGAUGGUGGACUACAAGCGUCGAGGCGAGCGCAGGAGGGAGUACUAUGAGAAAAUAAAAAAAGAUCCAGCUCAGUUUCUCCAGGUACAUGGGCGAGCCUACAAAAUCCAUCUGGAUCCUGCUGUAGCACUGGCUGCGGAGAGCCCCAUCAACAUGAUGCCAUGGCAAGGAGAUGCUAACAACAUGAUUGACCGGUUUGAUGUAAGGGCUCAUCUGGACUACAUCCCUACCUACACCCCAUCGCUGCUUAACACUACAACCUCAGAGCAGGAAAUGGAGGAGAGGAAGUGCAAUUACGAGCGCUACAGAGGCCUAGUACAGAAUGAUUUUGCCAACAUCUCUGAGGAGCAGUGUUUGUACCAGAUCUACCUGGAUGAACUCUAUGGUGGCCUACAGAAGCCUAAUGAGGAAGAGAAGAAAAAGCUGGCAGAGAAGAAGGCAACCAUUGGUUACACCUAUGAAGACAGCACCGUGACUGAGCCUGAGCCGCAGUCGGACAAAGAUGAAGAAAAUUCAGAGAACAGUGAAUCUGAGGAGGAUGAGGGCAUUCCAGACAUUGAUGUAGAAGUUGAUGUUGAUGAACUGAAUCAGGAACAGGUGUUGGACCUGAACAAAAUGGCGACCACAUAUGGAAUGGCUGAAGGAGACUUUGUGAGGAUGUUGAAGAAAGACAAGGAGGAAGUGGAGGCCAUCAAACACGCCAAGGCUCUGGAGGCUGAGAAGGCCAUGUACUCUGGUCGUCGUUCUCGCAGACAAAGGAGAGAGUUCAGAGAGAAGAGACUAAAAGGUAGACAGAUCAGCCCACCAAGUUAUGCCAGAAGAGACAGUCCAACCUAUGAUCCCUACAAACGGCCAGAGUCAGAAUCCAGCUCAGAGUCACGGUCCCGCUCUCGUUCUCCUGGUCCAGAGAAGAUCACAUUCAUCACUAGCUUUGGUGGCAGUGAUGAUGAAGCUGCAGCAGCAACUCAGACAGCAGCUCCUCACUCUGGCCAUGCCCCCUCCAACUUGCAGCACCCUGCAGGUCAUAGCAGGGGCUCCCGGAGAAGAAGGUCGUCCUCCAGCCGCUCCCCUUCCUCGUCCUCCACCUCCUCAUCCCGGUUUUCCUCUCGCUCAUCUUCCCGCUCGCGCCGGAACCGGCGAGGACGAGGGGGGCGAGAUGGGCGUCGCACCCGAAGCGGCUCGCGGUCGAGGCGGCGAUCCAGGUCUCACUCCAGGGGCAGAGCGGGCAACGGGGGAAGUGGAUCCUGGAGAAGACGUGACCGGACGCGUUCGAGGUCCAAUGACCGCGAGAGAGAGCGAGAGAGGGACAGAGACAGGAGACGAUACUCUGCACGCAGGCGAACAAGGUCCCGGUCCACCUCGCGGCAGGGGGGCAGUUCUAGACGAGGGGCUAGGAGCACUGGAGGCUACCGGAGAGGAGACAGCGCCAGUCGCAGCCCCUCUCGAUCCUCUAGUCGCCCAAAUCACAGUCCCUCCCCCCCUCACAGAGGAGUCCAGCCCUCUACCACUGUUGUUUCUGACAAGCUAAGAAAGCCUGAUACUGCGGGUGGUAAAGAGACGGGAGCUGCCAAACCCAAGAUGACCCCACAGGAGCGACUGAAGCUGCGCAUGCAGAAGGCUCUCAACAAGCAGUCCAAGGCGGAUAAGAAAGCAGCUCAGGUGAAGAUCCAGCAACAGGAGCACAAACGACAGGAGCGAGAGGGAGAACUACGUGCCAUGGCACGCAAGAUACGCAUGAAGGAGCGUGAACGCCGUGAGAAAGAGCGGGAUGAGUGGGAAAGACAGUACGGCCGGCAGAGCCACUCGCCUUCUCCAUCCAAAUAUGGCCGAGAACACAACUCAUACAGAAGGAGGUCACGGUCUCGGUCUCGAUCCCGGUCACGGUCUCUGUCCAGAUCUAAAUCACGAUCACGGAGUCCGUACUACAGAUACUGAGCUGGGAGGUGGAAAAGUCUUUUUACAGUGCAGGAGAAAUUUCAAACACAUGUUAUCCAACGAAACCGCUGGUGGGAUAAGAUACAAACAGACUGAUUGUUAAUUAAUGACCAAUGUAUACCUGAGCAUGUCUGUCCUCUGGUAAUGUUUAUGCACACUGAGCUUAAAACUGAAAACCGUGGUACCUUAGUUUCACUAACUACACAGUUGAUUGAUUCAGCUAAGCUGACUUUGAUAUGCCAUUCAUCUUAUUAAAUAAGUUUUAUCUCUCCUCCCGCCUCAACAGUCCUCAUCAAUAAAGACAUUUGUAUUACUCCAGUUAUAUGGUCCCAAGCAGUGUCUUAUCUUAGCUACAUCUUCCUCAUGUCACGUUCUUCCAAGAGGAAACACUCACUAACCACCAUUUUGAGCAGCUGUCAUGAACUGAUGUACAGCAUAUUUCUACACAUCGAUCAAGUUCACGUCCAGCUGUCCUCUGCUCUUUUUGUACUACGUUUCUCAGCCAGCUGGUUAAUAUUUGCCCCUUUGUUCAGUAAUGUGGCCUGUGUAAUACAAAUACAGAACAAUUAAUAAACCUGACUUUGAAACCACA